AUGAAAACUAUUUUGAAAGUAAAUACUGUUUAGGUUUCAAUUUUAAGUUGAAAAAGUAGUAAAAGCAUUUUUUUUCACCAGUGAGAGAGAGAGAGAGAGAGAGAGAGAGAGAGAGAGAGAGAGAGAGAGAGAGAUCAUAAAGUUUGUUAAUCUAAUGAGAUUUUCACAAAGAACUUUCACAAAGUCCAGAGCGCGUGCUGUUGCAGUUCACUCCAGACUGAAAUAUCGCCCAUGCGCUGAUUAGUUUAUGGGGCUAAUAUUGCAAUUUAUAGCGUGAAUAUUAUAUUCUAUACAGUUUUUAACAAGAACUCACAACUGUGCUGCAAAAAAGCUCAACUCUUUAAAUAUUUAACACCCAAAACUCAGUACUAGUUGGUUGGGGGUUUUCCUUUUAUCUGCAUAUAUUUUUGUGCUUCACGUGCAUGGAGCUUGCAUGGGCAUUCCGUCUAAUGCCUUGUCUUGAUUAAGUACCUUCGAGGUGAAUUCCUCGCAAUUCUGGGGAGUUCGCGUGCACCCACGCGCCGCUCCGAUUGGCUGCCCUGAGCGCGCGCUGUAGUCUGUGCAGAGAUAAAAGCUCGGAGCUGGCGCGCGGUGCGGCAUUGAGUCCGUGCGACGGAUUAAACGCGACGAAUAAAGUCAAGCAAGACCGCGCAUGGCGCAAAGGACACGCAGACACCUGUGAAUUGCCAUACCUGACACCAGACGCAGCAGUAGUUCGCAGUAAGUUCCCUGAAGCUGCUCAACAGGGUUUGUUGCCUCCUACCACUCUUUCUCAAGAGAGAAUGUGGCUCCUGGAGAAGAUCCGUGGCUCUGUGGAAGGCAACGUUCUCCGUCAUCGGGACUCGGGUGACAGCCAGUCCAAAGGACCCACCCACAGCAAUGUGCUCACGCCCGAUAAGAUCCCAGACUUCUUUAUCCCACCCAAGUUGGUGUGCUGCCCCCCAGAGGCCGAUACGCCAGAGAUGAAGCCCAAGAACGGGCUGCACUCCUCCACAUCCGAGCAGACCAUCUGCAGCAAGACGCCUCAGGGUGGCUCACGCAGCCCGCGCCUCAUCUGCAAGCUCACUGGGGACACCAAGAACUUGCUCAAGGCUGCUAACCGCCACAUCAUCCAGAUCGAGAGUGCUGAUGACUUAGCAGCAGGUGACGUUGGCGAGCUCACCACCAAUGCUGACCCACAGUCCCAAACAGCCAUGUCUUUGCCCUAUGUGCCCAAAGCGCAGACCUCGUAUGGCUUUACCACUUUGAUGGAGAGCCCUCACACACGGCGCAAGGAGUCACUAUUCCACAGUGACCCCACCAGUCCGCUGACAUCCCCCAAUACUCAGCGUAAGACACAAAGCAACAGCAACCAGCUCAACCCAAGUGACUGCAAUACAUCACACUCCAACCCAUAUCGCUACUUCAGUGGAGGCGAGAGCGACACAUGCUCCUCAGCAGAGUCUUCACCAUUCAGCUCACCUUUGCUCUCAAGGUCGGCCUCGCUUCUCAGAAUGUUCACCCAUGAGACCCAGGCUAAAGUUUCACGUGCCAAACGCUCAUUCGCCCGCCACAGCUCCCUCUCGACGGACGAUUGUAGUUCGGUGGAGACCAGUCCCAACAUCCAGCGGCGCUUCAGAUGUCCACCGUCGCCUGCAUUCAGAAGCCGCAAAGCAGGCGCCAAUGUCGAACGCCUCACUCAGCAUACCGUCAAACUGCACAAAGGGGGGACGCUGUGUCUGUGCACGGACUACGACACGGAGGCGGCACGUCUCCGGGUGCGCGUGCUUGCUGCUGAAGACCUUUACGAUAAGCAGGUCGAUGUGAAGAGCAUCAACUGCUGUGUAGCACUCUACCUGAACCCAGGCAAGCUGCAGAAGCAGAGAAGCAACAUCAUCAAAAACAGCCGCAAUCCCGUCUUCAACGAGGACUUCUUCUUUGACUCCUUGCCUGCUGCACAGGUCAAGAACCUGGCGAUAAAGAUGAAGGUGGUAAACAAAGGCACCAGCCUGAAACGGGACACGUUGCUUGGGGAGAGGGAGGUGCCUCUUAAAGAUCUGCUGCCUGGCUUUUAGUGCCAACCACAACAGACUCCACCAAACAGAAAGUACACGCAGCCUGGACUGAAUCCAGAGCAUACAAAAUGUUCACUAUAAUGUUGUUUUUCCUUCCUUCUUCCUGCUGCAAGAGGUGACCUUUCCAGUUUGAAGACUGACAGUGUGUUAUUGACAAGGGUUGUGUGUGUAUGUUCAGGGCAUGUCAGUAUUUGAACUGUAUGUAAAGCUAGCUGUUCUUUCAAGUGUGUGUAUGUGUGUGUGUGUGUGUGUGUGUGUGUGUGUCUGGCUCACUAUGGCAACCCAUGUCUGUAGACGCCAGCUAACAUCUGUACAGCUGAUGAUGCAGCUGCUCUGCACUGUGCACGUGUACAAAGAGGCUUUGAAGUGCCACAAUGACAAAUGCAAAUGCAUGCUUCAUAUCUGGUUUGAAAUUCUAAACUUGUGAACGUGACAAAGACUUUUGUAUUUGCUAUCACCGUACUGCGUACUUAUCACUGGAGCAUGUGAGUGAUCUUCUUGUUGGAUUGUUCUUGCUUAUAGUACUUUGGUUCUCUGUUAUAAUUCUGCUUAUUUUCACUGAGGAGAUUUGUGGGUCGAAUUCACCCUCCAGCCUUAUAAACGAGAUAAGCUGCACAUGUCGACUGAUACAUCGCGAAACGGAAACCUCACUGUACAACACUAAUCAAUUGUUGCUGUAAAUAAUAACUGCCUAUCCAUGUUGUACCUAUGUAUGACAGACAUACAGUAUACUUGAGUAUUUGCACAAUUGUCUUGGCAUGUUUGUUGAAAUUUAUGUGUACGGCUGAGACUAACUUGCACAGAUAAACGCAUUAGCUUUUUCUUACCACUUGUUGAACACAUCGGGAGUACCGGAACAGCUAAUGGUUAACAACUGUGAUGGAAAGUAGUGCCGGUAUUUAUUUGACUGUUUUAUAGCGUCGGGAUUUUUAUGUUUUCAAUGUAGCCAAUUUGAAUUCCUUAUUAUAAAUCAUCUUAAUAGUAUUAGUGUAAUGGGCCCAAAAUGGCCCCGGGUCCUUGUAAGCCUUCUUAUUUUUCAUUUACGGAGCCUGGAGAGAUCUGUAAUCUAAUUAGCAUUUAGGAGUCUCUGCAGUAUAGCACAAAUGAAAGUCAAAGUCACUGUUGGCAGACUUCAUGGUUGUUCAGUAGAGAAUAGCACUUCUGGGCUGUUUUUUUGUUUGUUUGUUUGUUUAUUCUUUUUAAAAUUGAAUAUCUAACAAAUAUCCUUACAAAAAAUAACCUCAUGAAAAAAAAUUUAAUUUUAUCAAGCUAUUUAUUACUCCUAAGGGUGGGAACAAUUACAGAGAUGUAUUUGGUGCUAGAUGUGUUGGCUUUUAAGAAAGAGAGAGAGAGAGAGAGAGAGAGAGAGAGAGAGAGAGAGAGAGAGAGAGUCAGUCAUCCAUUGUCAGACUGUAUUUUACAUAAAGCUUAAUAAUUACACUCGAUAGAAUCUGCAGGGACCAGACCAUUUUAAAUCCAUUUCCUGGGUUUUCUUACAUUGACGGAACGAAUCAUACAUUUCUAGCUCUAUUUCGAGCACUCAUUUGCAACAAUCAAAUUUCAGGUAUUAGAUUCCCUAUUAGCUUUACUUCAAUGGCAGGGACUGUGAUUCUCUACACCACCAUCAGAAGUACAAUUACACAAGGGGGAAUGAAUUCGGACCGCUUGAAAUCUCUCAAAUUAAAAUGGCUGAAAGAAGGCCCUGCAGUCUUUUGGUGGAAGUGAAAGGACUCAGCGAGGGCAUUCGAUUGAUAUUCAUUUCACUAUCUGCGUUUCUGUAGAUCAGAUUAAACUGUCUGGCGCUUGUGUUUAAAAGCGAAUAUAAAAUAUGAAGUGCCUAUCCACUGAACUUGAUGCCUGUCCUCCUGUCUGUCAAGACGUAGGCCUCUGUGUGCGACCUUCCUCUUCCCUUAUUACUGUGUGCAGGUGCGUUAUCAACACUACCUUUAUUAAGUCCAAAUAGACGUACUGUAAUAUUGUACCUCCGAGUUAUAUAGUGUAGGUGUUUCUAUAUUUUCUGACGCUGGUGGAUAUUGUUGGUUUUGAGUUGAUGCGUUCGUCAUUGUGGGCUUUUAUUGUUUAUUACACCGAGCCGAGAUUCCAGCAGCGACUUGAUUCUUCGCCCAACUCUGUUUUCUGAACUCUGUUUCCCUUCUAUUUCUCCUUUCCAAUUUUACAUUGAUCCUCCAGAUCCAAAGUGAAACAUGCUAUUGACCUGUCUAUUUCGGUGCCUCGUUCAAUAAAAGUUGUGUAGAUGGUGAUUUUC